AGGCACGUCACCGAGUCCCAACCCCAUCCCGCCAGCUUGAAUCAGCCGGACCACCUCAUCUGGCCUCCACCUUCAUUUACCCAAAUCAUUGACAUCUCUCUCUCUCUCUCUCUCUCCUCUAGGAAUCUUUCCAUGCCUUGCUGUACCGACACACGGAAAGGGGAGAGGAUUUAGCAGUCCCAAAAAUACCCACCAAAACAAGUAAACUCCAUUUAUCCAUUUAGUAAUUCAUCAUAUAAUCUCUCUAUUUUCAUCCGUUAGUUUGUAAAUAGAUCUCCAUUUUUUCCGCUCAUAUCUCCUCCACCAAAAGUACACAUACAUACAAUUUCAAGGGCAUUUCCACUUUUCUGUAUUUUUCUUUUCAAGCAUUUCUUCUUUCAUAGGUUGUUUGAUAGUAUUAUUACAAAACCAGUUGAACAAUGGAUGAAUUUGGAGGUUUGGUUGAGAGUAUUGGAUUCAAAGCCCAAGGGAAAUCAGCUCCCAUGGCCAAAUUGAAGUCGAAACCCAAUUUCAGCAGCAGCAAUGGGUUCCCUCAAAGCUUAGGUACCCAUUCAACAACAUCUAAUGAUUCCUCUUUUGUUGUUGAUGAUCUUGAUGGGAUUUUCAGAUCCAAUGUUAAUAUCAGCAACCGAAAAUCUCACGAUUAUUUUGAUGAUGAUUAUAUUUUCGGCGAGCACUUUUCGAGUACAAAUCAAUCUGAGGGCAUUGACUUGGAUUCCGUGUUUAAGAGUUCGAGUAAUUCUUCAAAUGAUAAGAAUUCAUUCGGUUCCAAUGGGCAUGAUGACUUGUUGUGGUCAGCGCCAAAAGGAAGGAAUUCUGUUGAUGAUUUAUUAGGGAAUUUUGGGACGAAAUCAAGUGGUUUGAAGGGAAAAAAGGAGGAAAAUGGGCCACGAUCUGAUGAUCUGAUCCCAGGAUUUGAAGGAACUAGCCCAUCGAAUAAUGGAGUGCACUCCGACACAAAGCAGUCAAGUGGCCAUUCAUCAAACUCAGAUUCCAAGUUGGUGGAUGAUCCUUUUUUAUUUUUUGAAUCCUCUGUAUCCCAGGGAGAUGCUUCUUGGCCAUUUGCUGGUUCUGUGGAACAAAAUGCAGGAAGUGGCUCAGUUCAAUCUUCAAUUGAUGAACUUGAAGAUUUUGCCAUGGGUAGAGUCCAGAAUGAUGCAAAUACUGAUAGAACAGGGAAACUGAAACAUGUGAGGACUGCAAAUGAUAGACCAUAUUCGGAGAGAAUUGAAAAUAUAAAAAUUUCCCUAGGAAAAAGGAAUGUAGAUCCAAAUGCGAGAGAACUCAAAGGAAAACAGGAGACACUUCACAAAAGUCGAAGCACAAAUGAAGAGCUUGCGCAACGGGCCAAUGAAUUGAAGAAUAAAGGAUUUGAGAAUGAAGAUGAUUUCAAUAAGUUUUUUGGUGGAAGUGUACAGUCAAACCAUAUGGCAAGGCGAAGUUCUCCAACUGAGGACUCCCUGUUUGAUACGCUAUUCCAUGAGAAAAGGGAGUCUGAGGUUAAGAGUACUUCUUUAUCGUCAGUUAGCACAAAGAAGGCAUCUUCAAUGACAAAUAAUUUUGAUGACUUCUCUUCACUUUUUGGAGAUGACACUUCAUCUGGAGAAUUUGAGGAAAAAGAAGGGGAAAGUGAGGAACGACGAAGAGCAAGACUAAAUCAUCAUAUGAGGACCCAAGCUCGUAUGGCUAAAGCAUUGGCUGAUAAGAAUCAACGUGAUCUUCAGGUACAACGUGAGCAGGAGGAAAGACAUAUGCUUGCUGAAACUAUGAACAAUGAUAUAAAGUGUUGGGCUGCAGGAAAAGAAGGAAACUUGCGAGCUCUGUUGUCGUCGUUGCAGCAGGUGUUGUGGCCUGAAUGUGGUUGGCAGCAAGUUCCAUUGACUGAUUUAAUUACUUCCACAUCAGUGAAAAAGGUUUAUUAUAAAGCAACCUUAUGUGUCCAUCCGGACAAGGUUCAACAGAAAGGAGCCAAUAUCCAACAAAAAUACAUUGCUGAGAAGGUUUUUGAUCUUCUGAAGGAAGCUUGGAACAAAUUCAAUUCUGAGGAAAUGAGAUGAGUUUUCAGAAUAAAGUUGGUGCCGCUAUGUUGAGGUAGUUCAUAUUCCUUGUAUAGGAAGGGGCUUCCCAGCCCUAAACACCAAGCUGUUUCCGAGUUUCUUCACUAGAAGAAGCUCCAUGUUUAUUCUUUGUUCCUGAGAUGACAUACUGGGAAUCAUUAUGUCUCUGGGUUGCUUGUGCUCUUUGGUUUAUUUCUAUAUUCACUCUGUGUUGGAUUGUUGUAGAGCAGCUUCUCGUUCAGUAAUCAGGACGAAAAAACAUAGGCAGUCGUAGUGGACUUGGGUAAUUGUCAGUGAAAUAGUUUGAUUUGUGCAUGUUGAGUUGCGUGAUCAUUCAUCACACGUUUCUGUAAAUUUAAAAUAAGAUUGAAGAUUAUUUUUGCUGGAAAAAAAAUAUUUAUGUAUGCUUAUUCUUGCUU